CUCUCUUACCGAUUAAGCAUUCUCCAACACCAAAAAGUCUCUUAUAAAUAUCUCUCAUCUUAUUUUAUCAUAUCAUUAUUCUUCAUUUCUUCUUCUUCUUCUUCUUCUUUUAAUUAUUUAUUUAUAUUUAUAUUAUUAUUUUAUUAUAUAAUAACUUCUUCUUAAACCCAAAUCUUGUGUUUUGUUGUGACAUCAAAUCAAACCGAACAUAGUAUACUUUACCAAUUGUUGUUUGUUGUCUGUACCGAUUUUUGAGAGAAAGAAAAAACAACCUAGAUGGAUUUUGUACCAAAUCCAUGUCCUUCUCGUUCAUCUUUGUUCGGUUCCUUUGGAAAUCUCGUUGACAAAGUUAAACAAUUUGGUACCCUUGCAAUUUCUGCUAUCAUUGGGAACAUUUUCUCUGCGAUCUUGACCUUUUGUUUUGCAUUAGUGGGGACGUUAUUGGGAGCUAUGACAGGAGCUUUGAUAGGUCAAGAAACUGAGAGUGGUUUCAUUCGAGGUGCUGCUGUUGGUGCUAUAUCAGGAGCUGUUUUUUCCAUUGAAGUUUUUGAAUCUUCUCUUGUUCUUUGGCAUUCUGAUGAAUCUGGGAUUGGUUGUCUUUUAUAUUUGAUUGAUGUUAUUGCUAGCUUGUUGAGUGGAAGACUUGUGCGUGAGAGGAUUGGUCCUGCCAUGUUGAGUGCUGUUCAAAGUCAGAUGGGUGCUGUUGAAACAAGCUUUGAUGAGGUUCAAAACAUCUUUGACAUUGGUGGUUCCAAAGGGUUAUCUGUAGAUUCAGUUGCGAAAAUCCCAAAAAUCAAAAUCACCACGGACAAUAUGGAUGCAUCAGGGGAGAAAGUUUCUUGUUCAGUUUGUCUCCAGGACUUUCAACUUGGAGAGACAGUUAGAAGUUUACCUCAUUGUCAUCACAUGUUUCACCUUCCUUGCAUAGAUAUGUGGCUCUUAAGGCAUGGUUCUUGCCCAUUAUGCAGAAGGGAUCUGUGAUUUUGUAUAUGAAUAGCACAAACAGUAAAAGAGGUUUUUUUUUUUUUUUUGUUUAUAAGCUUAUUUAAUUCUAGGUCUUACUUUUGAUUACAACUACUGAGAGCUAAUGCAGCUAUGUGAUAUCAUUGUACUAAAUUAGUGUAAAGAAAAUUUUGAGAUAAACUAUUUUCAGCUUCUUGUAUAUGGAUAUGAAUAUGACUCAUUUUAGUA